AUGACGAGGACUUCUAUAUGCGUAUACCACUUCCUUGUUUCGAGCUGGUAUAUUUUCCUCAAUUAUCACAUCUCACAAAAAGGAAGGAGUAAGCAGAUGUCCAAAAUCUUUCUAAAUGGUGGACAGUGGAAGUACUUGACACUCCUUAAUCUGCUCUUGCAGGCCAUUUUCUUUGGGGUUGCUUGCCUGGAAGAUGUGCUGAAGAAAAUGAAAGGGAAAAAAGACAUUAAGUUCAUAACUGCCUUCAGAGACCUGCUCUUCACCACACUGGCUUUUCCUAUAUCCACGUUUGUAUUUUUUACUUUCUGGCUACUCUUUCUCUACGAUCGAGAACUCGUUUACCCUGAGGCCCUAGAUGGUAUCUUUCCAGUGUGGCUCAAUCAUGCAAUGCACACGUUCAUACUCCCCUUUUCCCUGGUUGAAGUCAUCCUUAGGCCACACAGCUAUCCAAUGAAGAAGAAAGGACUCAGCUUGUUGGCUGCUGCGAGUCUUGCUUACAUUAGCAGGGUCCUUUGGAUCUACUCUGAGACUGGUACGUGGGUAUAUCCUGUGUUUGCCAAACUCAGUCCAGUGGGCCUAGCAGCCUUUUUUUCGCUCAGCUACAUCUGUAUUGCCAGCAUCUACCUACUUGGAGAGAAGCUCAACCAUUCACAAUGGGGUGACAUGAGGCAGCCAAAGAAGAAGAAGUGA